AUGGAGGCCGCUGCCCAGGAUGUUUCAGAGAUGCGAAAUGAGGCCAGUGAAGUACACAAGUUUAAUCCCAAGCCUAAACAGUGCGAUAGCUUUCACUGGGGAGACAAUUGUGUGAACGAGUGCAACUGUGGGGAUAACUCAGAACGUUGCUCGCCACGUACAGGCUGCAUCUGCAAGACUGGAUUCACUGGAGCCAGCUGUGAGAAUGACACAGACGAGUGUUUGACCAUACAAUGUGGUAGCUUCCAAGACUGCGUAAACACACCUGGAAGUUACCGAUGUGAAUGUCAAUCAGGCUAUCAACUAUCAGAGAACAGUCAGUGCACAGAUGUUGACGAGUGCUCAGAAUUGUCGCUUAAUGACUGUGAUGUGGUAUCUACAAACUGUGUAAAUGUCCAGGGCAAUUAUUCCUGUGAUUGCAGACAGGGAUACAGGAGAAUUGGAUCAGCUUGUGUAGAUAUAGAUGAAUGUGUUGAAGGAACUCAUGUGUGCCAACAAGAGUGUGAGAAUUCUAUCGGAGGCUAUAAUUGUGAAUGCUUACCAGGCUAUGUGCUAGAAGACGACCGCAUUACAUGUUUUGACGAUGAUAAGCUGUGUGAAAAGCGAAACAUCACAUACUGUGACCAUGCAUGUACUGUGGAAAACCAGGAGCCGAAAUGUGUGUGUUUCUCUGGCUACAACCUUGUUAAUACCUCCCAUUGUGAAGACAUUGAUGAGUGUAUGGCAGAUCCUAUGCCCUGUAGCCAGUCCUGUAACAACACUGUUGGUAGUUUCUCAUGUGGAUGUCAGCUGGGGUAUAAACUAGCCAAUGAUGGAAAAACCUGUGAAGUGUGUGAUGCAUUUCACUGGGGAUUGAACUGUGCCACUGAGUGUGGGUGUGGGGCAGGAGCAUUCUCAUGUAACAACACAUCUGGCUGUGUGUGUAAGGAUGGCUGGAAAGGGGACAAGUGUGAUGUGGACAUACAGGAGUGUUCGACUGUAAACAUCUGUGGUAACCUGGAGACCUGCACUGAACUGCUGGGGUCCUAUAGAUGUGAUUGUAACACAGGGUACCAAAAGUCAGGUGAUUCUUGUGAAGAUAUUGACGAAUGUGCAUCAAGUAAAGACAACGAGUGUGCCCAAGCCUGUGUCAACACAGUGCCAGGAUAUAGCUGUGACUGUUGGGCAGGUUUUAAGCCUGUGACUGAAAAUAGAGCAAUAUGUAUAGACAUUGAUGAAUGUGAGCAGGGUCACGACUGCGAACAGCUGUGUGACAAUACAGCAGGUAGUUACAGAUGUAACUGUAAACAGGGGUUCACUACUGACAUGGAUAGAUUCACCUGUGUGAAAGAUCUUGCUACUGACCCAUGUAAUGGAACAAGCGGAUGUGAAUAUGGCUGUGAACUGGUGAACCAGAUACCACAGUGUUACUGCAGCUCCACACAGAUCCUCAGAGAGGAUAAGGUCACAUGUCGCAAUGUGGCGUACAAUAUACCUGUGAUUAUCACACUGGAGGGGCUGGACUAUACCACUGAUUUGGACAACAAAGGAUCUGAUUCCUACAAGCUCCUGAGGACACAUCUUCAACAGGCAUUAAAGGUCAUUUAUGCAGCAGUACCUGGCUUCACUGGAGUCAUUGUUAGAAGUAUCAGCAACGGCUCCCUGAUUGUCCAGCAUGAUGUCAUCCUUAACAUGCCUGUUAACCCCCAGAGGAUGGAAUCCGUCAGACAGGCCUUACAUGAGGCUUCAGUGAUGUCUGUAGUAAUCAGGGUGGACACGACAAACACUACCAUUGUGGGUGUACCUGUCAUUCUAGGUGUCAAUGGAACACAGUAUGAUACGAGUACCAAUGUCACCUGUGACUGGCUACCUUGUGGUCCAGAAGACACAUGCUUGUCAGAGAAUUCCACAAUAUCAUGUGUGCUUUACAUCUUACCACCAGUUACCAUGGAAUCUGUUUCAAUGACUCAGCCAUUUAAUGAUACAACACCUACUCCAACCAAAGUAACUGCUACAACCACAACACUUGGUACAAGCAUGAUGCCUGUUACAGCCACAACACCUAAUAUAACCACAGUAACUGCUACAACCACAACACCUGGUACAAGCAUGAUGCCUGUUACAGCCACAACACCUAAUAGAACCACAGAAACUGCAACAACCACAACACCUGGUACAAGCAUGAUGCCUGUCACAGCCACAACACCUAAUAGAACCACAGUAACUGCUACAAGGACGACACCUGAUACAAGCAUGAUGCCUGAUACAGCCACAACACCUAAUAUAACCACAGUAACUGCUACAACCGCAGUUUCCACAACACAAGUGGUGUGUCCAGCAGGCCAAUUCAGAAAUGCAGCAACAAACAGAUGUGUUCUUUGUGCAAGUGGUACUUACCAGAGCCUACGUGGGCAAAGCAGUUGUCUCUCUUGUCCAUCAGGAACCUGGACACCAGAGGGCACUACCAGUAAUGAUCAGUGUGUUUGGCUAUAUUCUGUGGAGGACGGUACCAGUUUUAAGGGAGAUGAUCAGCUAUCUGAAUCUGUACAGGUGGAGAAUGGACUCCCUGUGGCCAAUUCCAAGGAACAGAAUCUAUUUAUUUCCCCGAAUGGUUAUGUGGUGUUAGGACAAAGGUACAGCGGGUUUACACCAAAACUGUUUCCCAUUGAGCAGAGCGGUAUGAAAAUAAUAGCCCCAUUCUGGGCUGACUCCGCCACAAGCUCUGAAGACAGUACAUCAGUGAUCAUGUACAAGGUGUACAGUCAAGGUGUCAACACGACGAAGAACACCGCAAUGCUGGCUAGGAUAGAGAGUGAUGUGUGGCGUAGCGUUAAGCAGCCAGGGUUUACCUGUCGCUGGGCCAUUGUUGUGGAGUGGAGGAAGGUUAAACCUUACCCAGCCGAGGACAACCCUGAUGAGACAAAUACUUUCCAGCUUGUGCUGGCCACGGACUUCUCGAAAUCCUACGCCUUGUUUAAAUAUGACAGAGAUGGGAUGUUGUGGGACAAAACAAGGUCAGAAAGAAAAGUAGUGAUUGGUUUUCAGCUGUCCAGCCAAGUGGUGUUCAACUCAUUGUACUCUGAACAAACUGAUGUCUUCAGAAUUAACAGUGUUCAAGGGAACACAGGUUUUGAAGGGUUUUGGAUCUAUUCCCUGGAGGAUGUGAGGGUGGACAUUGUUAGUUAUGAAGCACAAUGUCUCACUUGGUAUGACAGUCAGCAAACAUCCCAGUUUGACAUUGCUGUCUUGGAUCGUUGGUUACCAGCUUGUCCUUGCACACUGAGACAGAUGUUCUUUAACCCACAGUUUAUCUCCUACCUGUAUACACCAGGCCAGAUUUGCUUCAUUUCACGACUCAUCCCACAAGGAUUUACAGGAGCAAGGGAGUGUUGUUAUUCCACCAGUUCUUUAUCUCUGGAUUUGUCUGCGGACAAGGGAGGUCACUUGUUCUUGUACCACCCUCUGUUGCCACACGUCUCAGGACUUCACCAAAUCUAUGACAAACAGCCACUGGAGUACUGCUGUGUCCGCUCAGGCCUAUGCCAGUUGUACACUCAGCUCAGGCCAGUCAGUCAGUGCUUCAGAUUUGUACCGUUUAGACUUAGCUUCUUCUGGGGCGACCCUCACAUUCAGACCCUGGACAAAAAGGACUAUACUUUCAAUGGCUGGGGAGAGUAUACUAUGCUGGAGUUGCUAUCAGGGGAGACAACUGCAUUUGUACUACAAGCCAGAACUGGCCGUGUCAAAGAUGGUAAUGGCAACUUUACCAAUGCCACCAUCUUCACUGGAUUUGCCGUGAAAGACUAUGUGAAUACAGCUAAUGUACAAAUAGAACUCUCCAAUGAUAGAAAAGGUCUGUUAUUGUAUGUGGAUGGAGAAGAUUACUCCCUUAACUACCGAGAUGACCGUCCAUUCCCAUUUGGAGGCAAUGUCAGCAUUGUGAAACUGGGUACCUCUACUCUCAGCUUCAGCUUCCUGACUGGCUUGUCCUUUAAUGUCAGUGUGGGUGAAGAGGUUUUGGAUAUUACUCUGACUCUCCCAGGCACAUCAGAGUAUACCACUAGGGGCCUGCUUGGCGUGUCUGAUGGUGAUGUGAACAACGAUUUCACCCUGCCCAAUGGCACCAUAUUGGACAUAAAUUCAACAGAGGAGGAAAUAUAUUACAGAUUUGGUCAACAGUGGAUGGUUGAUGCUAGUUCGUCGGUGUUCACUUACCGGUCAGGAGAAAGUGUGGCCACCUACCAGCACCCUGAUCAUCGCCCACUGUUCCUCUCUGACUACAAUGCUACUCAGCAAGCAGAGGCCCGGAUUAUGUGUAGGGAAAGCCUUCAGUGUAUCUAUGACUACCUGGCAACUCUCAAACCCAGUCUGGCCUUGAGAACAAGGGAUUUGAAGAACAGCACAGACCAGGAAUUACAGGCUCUGGAGAAUGUUUCCCCUCAGGUGUUUAAUGUGACUGGCAUUAAUGGGACAGUGGGCAGUAUUAGCCAACUUACAAUACAGUAUAGUGAUGCAGACAGCUCUGUGGUGACAGUGUCCCUUGUGGGGGAGGACAUUUCAGGCCUAACACUCACAUCCUCGGGGCAGGGGAGUGCACAGGUUAACUGGACACCUGAGUCCAUUGAUCCUGUAAUCAUCAGGUUACAAGCCAGAGACGACCAGGGAGGGGUGUCACCUGAGUAUGAGGUACCUGUGAGGCUCUGUUCAGGGUGUAACAACCAGGGGUCCUGUGUGUUCAGUCAAGCCACAACCCCUACUUCCAACAUCUCCCUGGCAACAUUCCAGCUGGUCAGGUGUGAAUGUCAAGAAGGAUGGACAGGUUCUGAUUGUGAGCAAGACUAUAACAUAUGCAUGGAGAACCCCUGUCCUGAAGGUGCCAGUUGUACAGACUACCAUCCUUCCCAAACUGCUGAGCAUGGCAAACAGUACGAAUGUGGUGACUGUCCUACCGGCUACACCCUCAAUGUUAAGAAGACAAAGUGCUUAGAUGUGGAUGAAUGUGCUGAGUCAAACUUGAACACAUGCAGUCAAAUGUGCAAAAACACUCUGGGCGGAUACAUAUGUCAGUGUUCUGCAGGAUAUCGUUUGAUAGACGGACUUUGCAUCAAUAUUGAUGAGUGCCAGGAAAGAACCAGUGGUUGUGAGCAGAUCUGUACAGAUGAAGAGCCCAGCUACAGAUGUGGCUGUAAUCCUGGCUUCUUCCUCAGCGAUGAUAAACACACAUGUACAAAAGAAAACAACGACCCAUGCUCUAGCGUAACCCACAAGUGUGAAUACGGCUGUAAGCUGGUGAACGGUGCGGCCCAGUGUUUCUGUGCUCUGGGGUACAGAGUGGAGCAGAAUGGAACCUGUUCAGAUAUUGAUGAGUGUAAGACAUCACUGUGUUCUGCAAUUUGUGAAAACACACCUGGAAGUUUUACCUGCAGCUGUAACCCUGGUUACAAACUAGCCUCUGAUGGGCUUGCUUGUGAAGUGUGUGAUGGCCUCCACUGGGGAGACAACUGCAGGCGGCUGUGUACCUGUAGUGAACACGCCUCAAGCUGCUCUAACUCCCAGGGCUGUUUGUGCAAGCCUGGCUGGACUGGGGAGCACUGUGACGAGGAUGUGAAGGAGUGUGAUACAGCCUCCUGUGGAUACCUACGACAUUGCAUAGACACACCGGGCUCGUACAGAUGCCAGUGUAUGGCAGGAUACAAAGAGGAGGAUGGCCAGUGUAGGGAUAUCGAUGAGUGCUCCUUGGGAGGAAUUUAUAAUUGUACUCAGGAUUGCCAGAAUACAAUGGGCAGUUUCCAGUGUACAUGUGCCCCAGGGUACCAAGGAGAUGGUCAAGCCUGUACAAAUGUUGAUGAAUGUGCAACUGGAAUUCAUCGGUGUCAGCACAAGUGUGUUGAUGUCACAGGAAGUUAUAACUGUGAAUGUUACCAAGGCUACGCUCUGAAUGAUGACAGGUUCACAUGCACUCAAGUUGCAACAAAUUGUGACCUGAACUGUGAUCAGAUCUGUAACACAGAAUCCACCAAUGCUACCUGUGACUGUUUUACUGGGUAUGAGAGGAAAAGUGACCGAUGUGAAGAUAUUGAUGAGUGUAAGACACGCUGUGAUGGCAUGAAUAUGGUUUGUAAAAAUACAGUUGGGAGAUACAACUGUUCCUGCAAUCGUGGAUAUAAGCUGAAUGCUGAUGAAUCGCAGUGUGAGGUGUGUGACAGCUUUCACUGGGGUGAUGGAUGUGAGACACUGUGUAACUGUGGACAGGGAAGCUCACACUGUAACCACACCCACGGGUGUGUCUGUAAAUCUGGGUGGACAGGUACCCUAUGUGACACAGACAUCCUAGAGUGUGAGUCACAAGGAACCUGUCCCCAGGGGGAGACCUGCGUGGAACUUCUGGGUAGUUACAAGUGUGCAUGUCCUCCAAAUUACAAGAGAGAAAACACCAGCUGUGUAGAUAUAGAUGAAUGUACUGACAACAGCCACGACUGUGUGCAGAAUUGCAUCAAUACAAUGGGAGGAUUUACCUGCUCUUGUUUCCCUGGAUACAGAAAUGUGUACAAUAAUGGAUCAGUCUGUCAAGAAAUCAAUGAGUGCAUGGAGGGUAAUGUAUGUAAUCAGAUCUGUACGAACAUUGAAGGCGGUUAUUUGUGUUCCUGUCAUCAAGGCUUCACACUGGAUUCUGAUAACCAGAACUGUUCUCCAGAUGGUGGGGAGUCAGCCUGUGUAAACCACACAGAGAACUGUGAAUAUGGAUGUCAUAAGGACGGCAACUCGCAGACUUGCUUCUGUCCAGCAGGACAAGUUCUACAGGCUGACAAUGCAACAUGCCAGAACAUUCGAUAUGAAAUCAGAGCAGUGGUGGUGCUGAAUUUGACACUUCCUGAUCAGGACAAAUCUUUGAAAACAGAGAUUCAAGCGAGUCUGUACUCCAAAUAUGUGUUUCUGGAGAAUGUCCGUGGGGUUAUUGUUACUGAGCUAAGGUCUGGGUCAGUCAUUGUUGACCAUGUUGUCCAGUUUAAUAAGGAUGCUGGUUUAGAAGAAACUCAGGCGGUGGUCAGCGUGUUAAAAGCUCUACAGUUUGUUCAGGUGUUUGGACAAAAGAUUCAAGUGACAGAAACUCCUGAAAUCUAUGCCUACAACUCCACAUUUUCCUACCCUGUUACGCAGCCAAUCUCGUGUGACUGGAAUCCUUGCCCAUUGACGAUGAACUCAGUUUGUGUAUCACUCGGCACUAAUGUUACCUGUACUGAUAGGCUCCCAGAAACCACACAGACAGCGACAACAGCCACACCCGAUUCACGUCCCUUAGACUGGAGGCUGGGUUUAGCUAUUGGUGUGCCAAUGCUAGUAUCACUGAUUUUCCUGGUAUUUAUGAUUGUGCUGUGGUGCAGAAGCAGGGAUAAAGGCGACACCCAUUCACUCACUUCGACUGAACAUGAUCCGUACAAUGUUAGAGACGCCUGGGGCUCCUGGGGUACUGCCUUCACCAAGAAGAGCAAGGCCACUGGAGUUACCUCCCCCUUCUUCUCACCAUUCACUAUCCGCCAAUGGCAGGACAGUCAGGGCAACGAUGGAGCAUCAGGGAAUGAAGAUCUGUUCUCUAGCCAAAGACAUCAGCGUGUCGUUUCAGCGUCUGAUGUGAUCCGGUACACCCCUGGGGCUUCUCAACAACCAUACCAAGUUGAAGGAGUAUCGGAAGAGUCUGGCAAUUACUCCUGGGAUUAUGUCUUCAAGGCGCUGUCACCUGAUGAAACGUUCCACAUCAAGCGGCCCGUGGUCAGGAGAGAAAAAAUAAGAGCUUAUCAGACUGGGGACUCGCCUUGACAAGGUUGACAGCUGUGGAAUAUUGACUACAUGUACCUGUCAUAUGAAGAUGUGAACUGCUUUCGCUUAUUAUCACACAGAUCAAGGUCCAGCGACUGCUAGCAGAAUAACAACGACAUAAUGAACUCAGUUAAUUGGUAUCUCCCAUUUUGUUUCAGUGAUGCAGGCACAAGUAUUCCACUUGCCUUAGUAACUGAAAAUCAUAUAUUUUGCCAAAGCAAAUGUGACGUAAUGUUUAUAAAUGUAUUUGUAAUAGAUAACAUUUAAUUUUCUUUGAUCAAGUUAAGGCUUUGGAGUUGUAUGUUACGUCAUGUUCAGUGAGAUUUUGAACUGAAUUGUCGUAUUGUGCUCUCGAGAAAAGACAAGAGUUAACUCAUUGCUAAUGCGUCAUAUUUUGCCCCUGUAUAUAUCUGUAUGUUGUAAUAUGAAUGGUGAAAAUGAUAAAAACAAAUGGGGAUGGAUGAGUUAAGAUGACAUUGGUCAGGAAGGGGCCUGUUUUACCAAGCUACCCUAACCGUGUACGGACUGUUGGGGAAAUUAUGCAGACUAUGGUCGCCAACUAAGGGUUACGCUACGGAAAAAAAAUUACUACAAAAGUAAAACUGUCUAUAAAUGUUUUGCCAGCUUACAUUACUGCUGUCUGUGGCCGCUGUGUACCAAUGUGAUCGGUUGAAUCAAUUACAAUUUUUGUUAAAUUAGAUUUAAAAUGUAAAUCAAUUAAAUUACUUUAUAUAAAUAACAUCAUUUUUAUCACUUGCAUUUAUGAUACGGAUUGUGACUAUCACAAAAAAAAAAUGGCAGACAGAAGUUGAGUUAUAAACGAUAAAAGUUUCAAAGAUAGAACACCUAACAAUUUUAAAGCCGAAUUUAGUUCCUGGUAGCCACAUACCGACUUCACUAAGGAUUUUGAUCUGUCUUUCGAAAAUCUAAGACAAAAAGCUUGUUUGUGGAAUGGCCUAGACAAAAAUGCUAGCCAGCUAAUUACUGUCUAAACUUAGCUUAUACAUUUUUUGUGUGAAACAGACCCUGAGGUGUUUCUUGCGAUUUUGUGUGUUUGCACCAUAUUCUAAUGACUGGCUACAAAAUAGACAAUUUUGUUAUCUGUGUGUCACAGGGAAAUUGAUUCUCUCUCCACUUGCUCAAAUAGAUUUAUUUUUGUAAUUUUGUAUUUAUAAAUUUUGAGAUGAUAGGUAUUUUUUGAGUUUUUGAGUAUGGAAGUUAAAUAAUCGUAUGCAAUGAUGAUUUUGGUGUUGUGAAAUUCCAUUAGUUGUGUAGGCGUACUCCAGUGGGAGCUGGCAUGGUUUUAACGCUACUGAGAAAGCAGAAAUGCGCUCUGAUCCAUUCACACACAGCUAGCAGGAAGCUAGCAAUGGUUCCUGCUAAAUAACGUUUAAAAAAGACUACAUAUACACAAAGGCUGUGAAGAAAUAUGUAUCGAUAAAAGCUAGGGUGUUUUGUAAAAUGGGUCACACUUGAACGACUAAUGAAAUACAUUUUAUACUAGUGGUGUAUUUAUAUUUGGUUAAUCUUGAAUAUAUGUUCUAGUUUUUUACAACUAAUCCUCGACGUAUAUUGAAUUCUGUGCAUAUAUAACAUUUACUGGAUUUGGUGCUCAAAUAUUAUGUGUAAUCGUGACAGUUGGAUAUAAAUUGUGUACACAGGAAAGUAUUAUUAAUCUCUAUUUAUCUUCAGUCAUCUUUAUUCAUAUUAUACUUAUAUACCGAUAAGUAGAGAAACUUAUUUAUACUGUGUAUGUUGAGAAAAGCAACUUGUGUUUAAGAACAUGUCGACAUAUAAAGUACUUGCGUGUCUUACAUGUCUGUUCUCUUUUCUGACGAAGACCAACAGCACAGGUAUAUAAAAAGGUAUGUGUAUUGCAACCAGCCCAAGUAUUUACUGAUGUUAUGUUAAGUUUGUGAAAAUUAAAUGCAUUUUAAACUUAUAGUAAUAUACAUCAUUGACAUUGUAUGAUUUUA